CGUGUAUUUCAAGGUACGAAGGAAUUUAAAGAGUAACACAAUACGUAUUGUGUUUUAGCAGCAAUGAAGUCGGUCUCGAACUGAUGUUUAUGGUAGCUCUGUGCACAUAUGACUGCACUAAGUGGAUAUGCGAAGAAGAGUGGCAGAUAGAACGGAAUUAUCUAAGGACAGCCCCAACUUGCAAAAAUAGACAAAAUAUGAGGGUCUCUACAAUUACCACUAUUGUACUUUUCGCACUUGUAUACAGCGAAAUGUACUUCGCUUUAAGACCGAGAAAACCGUGGCCACGAACGAUGCCAGGAAGGAACCAGAAGUCGAGACGUCCUGGGUACCAUCCAAAGCAAUUACGUGCGAGAGGCACGGGUGGAACUAAUAAGCGGCAUUAUCCACACGGUAGCCGUCUUACAAGCAAGCUUAAACCGGCUGCAGGUGUUCAUCACCAUGAUACUCAUCCCCGAAAUGUACCAAAACAUGUUGGAAAUACACCAGGUCAUAAUAAGCACGAUGCACACCACAAAAGUUCAGCAACUCUGAAUGGGAAACCAAGAGGGAGCACUCCCACAAGCACGGCGACAGGGAAUUCGCAUCGUUUGGAUGAAUCCACAGUUGGAUCUUCACCCAUGCCGCAUCCAGGAAUGCCGAUGGGUGGCUACCCAGACUAUGGUGGAGGUAUGGGAGUUAUGGGCACAAUGAUGGCAUUGCAAAUGGCACCCGGAGCGGUGGCUUCAUUGGGUGAAGCUGGAAAUGGCAUAGCACGGACGGUACUAGAGAAUAGGCCCACCGGAGGCGGAAGCAACGAUGAGGACAGCAGCAAAGAGAAAGGUAAGAAGACAGACAAAGAGAAAGAUGACAAGGCGAAAGAUAACAAGGAGAAAGAUAAGAACAAGAAUAACGGCAUGAGUAGUGACCACGGAAGAGCAUGACGUGGUUAGUAAAGUGCACAAUCAGAACUUCAACAAGAGCGAAGGCUAUGUUCUCCUGUUUUCGAUACUGCACCAACGCAUGAACAGCGCAUACUUUCAUCGUUGCAGACAAUACGAAUAUUAGGAUAUCAACACGAACAGAUAAUGACAACCGGGGAUAGUAAUACGUUCUUCCACACUUAUUUUCUGCAUUUCAAGGAAAUGCUUAAUAAUGUAUGCACCCAAAACUCAAACACUUGCAGCCUUCUCCUAUCAUAUUCCAGCAGAGUAUACGACUGGCAUCUAUCGUAACGGAAUGAAUGGGGUAGUUGCUGAACAAUAUAUGUUGUCCACGCAUGGUUAGUUCAGCAUUGUCAAUAAUAUUUACUCACCUGAGGGGGUGACGUAAGUAGUGAAAGUUCAUGUCUUUUCACUCUGUGGUGGCUCUCAACUGCUUCAAUAUCGGUUGUGAUUGACGUAGACUUCUGUCUUUGGAUUGGAAAUCAAUAUUUGCCUCCCCUUAUCUCACGCGCAUCUGUGCGAACCUAUAAGUAAUUCUUAGAAGCUGUGCUAGUGAGGUAAAAGCAAACAGUUUGCGGCAAGAUGUUAUUUCGUGACUCCCUAUUUGAGGACAGAUGAAUUGUGGGACAAUAAAUUAAAUUCAAUAAAAUUUAGUUCAUUUCAGGUCUUGCUUUAAGAGACACAGGCUAAAGGCUUUAUUCGCCUGACGGUGGCUUCUGCUGUCGCAACAAGUGCAGUACAGAAAGCAAAUCACAAGAAUGUGAUAGAUCUAUACAUAGAUAUAAGUAAAAAUAUACAAACUAAAAUGGCAAUCACCAUGAUACACCGGUGGUGAUCGUUAUGAUACAAAGUUUUGGUCAUCCCCAUACAAAAAAAACACAUAUUUCUUCGCAUGAAAAAUGUUACUAAAAGAGGAUGGUUUAUUUUACUGGCAACAAAGAAGACAUAUAAUGCACUCAACCUUACAGAGCAAUACGAAAUAUAUACUACUCUAAACGCAGUAUAUUUCACCAAUACAAAGAAAUAUGCAGGAUAAUGUUAGGGAGCUAGCUAUACGACCAUGGAUUAGUGCAGUGCUCUCCAAGGUGGUGAAAAAGACGAGUGUGUUUCGUGAAACGCUCGCGCUCGUGACUCGCCAGCCAUCUUGUCUAAUCCAUUUAGACAUUUGUAACACCUGUCUCUCACCUCUGUCACGGUAUAUACUAAAUAUCUCCUACAAUUAUGCAAGGGAAGUGUUUCACUUACAAAAUCAAAAUUGGCCACAACCCCAAGACUGGGCUUGCUUGCUCGCUAAUACUGUAGAGUGCAACGCUAUUUCAGGAAUUUCCUCUCUUGCUAUUCAUCGUCCUCAUCAUCUGCACAAGUUUACCAAUGGAAUGGCGUGCAACACCUGAAAUUUUUACUUAAGCACAAUGGAAGUUUCUUUUUGUAUGUUGAAUAUUUAUUUUUCGCGUGUGAUAUCACACGAUUGUUUGUGUUGCUUAUAGCAUCCAUUCGAGGAAUACAUUGUGCCAUCUAGCCAGCUUUGGAGGAAGUUUUAAGAAUGGCGACGCUUGUAUGGUGCUGAUUGACAAAAAAAGAACCCGCUCUGCUGGUGACCGAGUUGGUACCUGCAGUUCUUGCUCUCGUUGGGGAAAACACCAGAUACCAGAAAGUCCACUUUUUCUAAAUACCCUCUAAUAUAAAAGAAGAUAUGUUGACUUUCCUCAACGAUGUCAACUCGCAUGCAACGAAAUAGUUAAUGCUAUAAAAGGCAAGGACAUUUUAUCAAAUUUGUACUCAUUCUGCACCACCGUUAUAGUAAGAACAAUUGGACAAUCGUAAUUUUGCUGGUGCCGAUUAAGUUUCAAAAUAUGAGUAUACUGGUGGGAGCAGCUUCUUCUUGAGCAUCCUAAAGCCUUCGACGAGUUCUUAUGAGCGAGGACACUCUUACGCUUUGUAUAUAGAAAAUGAGGGAUUGGAAAAAUGAUAUUAAAAAUUAAGCAAUUUGCAGAAAUAAGAUAAAGUGAGCCCCACAGGUCAUGACAAACUGGAGAUCAUUGGCAGAGGAUUUCGUCCUGCAGUGGAAAUAAGAUAGGCUGAAGGUGGUGCUGAUGAUAUGAUAGGGUGUGAUAGGUCCGAUAUCACAUACCAAUAUGUAU